AUGCAGUUCGUUGGAGGGCGCCUUCUGGUUGCCUUGCUGCUGUCUACGCAGGCCUGCGCUGAGAAGCGCGAGCCGGGGAUCUUCAAGCGGCUCGAGGCUGCCGGCGAGGAUGCCUUGGAAGAAGCUGCCUUCGAUUUCAAGACCUGUUCCUGCACCUGCUGCAUGGCCACCGAGCGAGCAGACCAAGAGCUCGAGCGCAGUGCCGAUGGACAGUCGCUCUUGACACACAAGUGCGUCCAUCCGAGCCCCUCGACGGAAGAGUGCCCGAUGGAGUGCAUCGCACGCGACCGGCGCCACACCUUAGAGGAGGAGCAGUAUGUCAAUCCCGGCAGUGCUCUGGACUAUGCCCGCUACUGCUACCACAACUGUGUGCCUGCCGUUCUCAUCAAUGGUGGGCAGUGCGCGAAUCCCAACAGUGCCAACCUGACAGCCGGUGGCUUUGAUCUGCCGAAGCCGCCCAAGUGGUCUCCCGGCGACCUCAAAAAACCAGCCAACCAGACGGCCUCGGAGGCAAAGUCUGUGGAGGCUGCUGCAGAUGAAGCAGCCAAGGAGGAGCUGAAGAAGGUCAGCUGGGACUUGCGCAGCAUCGUCGUCGAGCGAACUCGCGCUGAGGCGGGUGCGGCUGCUGCGCGGGCAGCCUACGCAGCAGAGCGGGCAAAGCUGCACAGCCAGGAGAUGAAGCGUUCCACCAAGAUGCUGGACAGGAUCAAGACAGCCGUUGUUGAGCAGUCCAAGACCUACGAGCCAGACUUUGAGCUUUCAAAGGCAAAUGCUUCCGCCGCCGCAGCAGCAGUUGCAGAAAGCUACAAUGCCCUGAAGAAGGCGAAGGCAAGCCUCCGCAAGGUUGGAGAGGAGACGAGGCAGCUCGCGAAGACGAUGAUCCAGGGUGCUGCCGCACAAAGUGCCAAGAUGGAGGCUGAGAGCUACUCGCAGCGAAUGCACUUUGAGGAUACGGCCGCUUACAGGAGACAGGUUGUGAAUACAGCAGCAUUCCCGUACGUCUCCGCUGUGACCACAGGUCUGCAGCGGGUCGCCGAGUACGAGCAGGCCGCCACAGCUGCAGAGGAGCUGGCACGCGAGGCGAAGGUGAAGAUGGACAGGGUGCAGCAGGAAGCCGAAAGGAUUGCAGCACAGGGGGACAGGAUAGCCGCCGGCAUGAAGAGACGCGAAGCCACAACUUUGCGACACCAGGCCGAGGAUGCGGAAGCCCAGGCCGCCAAGUAUCGUGCCACAGCCGUGGAAGCCCGUGACUCUGCUAGACAGUGGCAAGAAGCUGCGGAGAAGGUGGCCGCGCAGGUCGCCUUCCAGUACGAUCAGUCCGUGGCCACUACGCCGAGCCCGCCUCCCAUUGUGGCGCUGCCACAGCCGCCGGUAGACAUCAGGUGA